AUGUCCACCAAUGACGCUGACGGCCACACAGGGUCAGAGAACGCAAAAUCUCUUUCGUUUGGACAAGUCAUCGGCGUGACGGACAACGGUGUACCUGUUUUCUCCAACGGUGACAAGGCAUUUUGCAGCAAUGAGAUAUCUGUUGCCCCAAAUGCGAAGCAUAUCGGCAUUGUACACCCCGUAGUGAUCACGAACGCGUAUGAAAAACUUGGGUACAAAUGGCUGGCUCUGGAGUUUGCGCGGCGAUAUUUAGCCAUGACAAAAGGCCUUUGGCUCGCUUCUGUACCAACAGCAGAGGAGUUGUGGGAUGCUGAUGAUGUGGUGACCGAGAUACCGAGCGGCGUGCCUGUGACCGUCAGUCGUGAGAAGAAUGGGGCAACCACAAAUAUGCCAUCCGCUGGCGACCUAUUCGUAUGGGGCCGCUCAGCGACGAUGCCCUUUGGGCACCUGGGCGUUGUGACUCAUAGUUCUAACAGCUGGGUUCGUAUUGCCGAGCAGAACAAUGCGUUCGAACGCUGGCCUGCUGGGGAAAACUACAGUCGCCAGAUUGAGCGGAGAGUGAGGGACGACGGGAUUGUUGAGUUUGUCGAUGAGGACCAGUUGCUUGGUUGGAUAAAUAUUCAGGUACCAGCAUACGACUUUAAUCGUGGUGACCUCCCUGACAACUAUCGACACAUACUCAGCUCUGGUCACAUUGCCAGAUAUCACGUGGAGCGUGAAGUUACAUUGCCGUGGGUAAACACCGCCGAACGUUGCGACUUCUUUCUUAAGAGGUCUUUGACGAUAGAUGGGAAUAUGGGAGAUAAUGCCAUGGCCCAAGAAAAAGACGUACCUGACGGAUACUACCUCAUGGACUAUGACAUGUGGAGCCGCUUUCGAUACGCAGCAAAUUCGUUACAUGAGGUUGCAAUGGAGGCCACGCGUCGCAUUCUCAACGAUCCCGAUUCAGAAACACUUCUUAUACAUUACUUCGGUGUUCCAAAAGAGUUACAUCAGCAGCUACACAAAUGCUUUAAAACCACUCCCUCAAUGUGCGGUCGCUUUGACUUUGGCUACAAUGGCAAGGACGUCAUUAUGCUGGAAUACAACUGUGACUCAUCGGCUGCUAUGCUAGAAUGCGGUGACACUCAGGAAAAAAUGGCACGCCACUACGGAUUGAAUAUAGGUACAUCCACGGGCUCCUUUCUCUUUACAAAGAUUGUGAAUUACUUCAAAUGUUUGCUUCAAGACGAGUACCUCUGCCCAUCACACGAGUUGAUCCACUUUAUGAUUGAUGAUAACGAUGAGGAGAGAUAUACCGCGCUGUACGCAAUGAAUGCAGCAGAAACGGCUGGGUUCCGCACCAAGCUGUGCGUUAAGCUCACAGACUUCCGUUACGCGGCGUCAAGCACCUCGUCUGUCUCAUCCCCACACGAAACAGAUCAUCCAACGAUUGUUGAUCUUGAGAACGAGGAGGUUCUUUUAGUUUGGAAAACCUGGGCGUGGGACACGGUGUUACACCAGUACGCCGAGCAACAUGUACAAGAGGGAAUCCGUUUUUUGUCAAAGCCGUCACUCUCUGACAUUCUGUUGAACGAGCGAAUACGCGUUUUGGAGCCCUUCUGGAAGGCUGUGACGGGAAGCAAGGCCAUUCUUCCUUUCAUGCACGCUGUGGCGCCGCGCCACCCAAAUAUGGUUCCUGCCAGCUUUCAGCGGACGAAGGAGAUAAUAUCGGGUCACUAUCUUUCGAAACCGGUGAACGGCCGUGCAGGGCAGAACAUAUUGAUGUAUGAUCCCGAAACGGAUAAAGACGUCUUGGCUGCUGCGCCAUCAACCGAUGAGGCGCCAGCGCUCUCUCGCUCCGUGUCUAUUCAUUUAUUCGAUGACACACCUGCAAACCUGGGUUGCACGUCUUUGGAUGAAGGUAACGAGAGUUCGACAGGGAGGUUCUUUGAAUCUGCUGUUGUUUACCAAAGCCGUAUCUUCCUCUCCAGGUACGAGCAGAAGUACUUCCCUAUAUUUUGCGGCUGGUCGGUGGGAGGGGAGUUUGGGGGUAUCGUGGUGCGAGAGGACACCUCAAAGAUCACAAAGCUCGCCAGUCUCGUUGUGCCCGCCCGUGUGGUGCGGGAGCACACGCCGCUGAGGGCCGCGCGCAGUGGCGCUGAGAACGGGGAGGCGCAGCUCGUGUAUGACAAGCAAACCAAAAACAAACUUGCAUGA